UUACUGUUUUACUUGCUGUGUGAUCGUACUUUUGUGCAAGGUUUUGCUCGAAAAACGAAUCGAAACGAUGGCAGACAAGGCUGUAUCGACCAUAGCGAAGCCACAGAUGCGAGGACUCCUCAACAAUGUCAUCAAGCGCAACCUAAUUAUUGCCCUAACAAUGGCUGGUGUGGCCGGCUUCAGCUUCAAGCAGCUUGUCGGUAAUGCACGCAAGAGGCGCUAUGCUGAAUUCUACAGGACAUAUGACGCAGAGAAGGAAUUCGAAGAGAUGCGCAAGAAGGGUUUGUUCCAAUCCUGCUAAUUUAUUGAACUAUGUUGUAGUAUUAUUUGCUGUGAAUAAUGUAAUUUAAAAAUAAAAAUUUGAUUUAC